UGCUUCCAAACAAUUAUGCUAUAGACUUUAAAAGCGUGGAAAAAGAAUUAUGUAUGUUUGAGAACAAUAUGCAAAAAGAUAAUUUUUUUUUAAUAUAAAAUGGUUUGCAAAAUUUUUCAACAUUUUUCUUUCGCCAACGAAACAUUACAAUUGAUAAACGCGCUUCGAAAAGAGCAACAACUUUGCGAUGUAAUUUUAAAAGUUGAAAAAAACGAGUUUCACGUUCAUAAAGUAGUUUUAGCGGGUACUAGUCCUUAUCUAAGGGCGAUGUUUACAAAUGGAAUGUUAGAGUCAGGACAAAAAGUUAUAACUAUUCAUGGAAUAAAAUCAAAAACUAUGGAAAUGUUAAUUGAAUUCUCUUAUACUGGUGUAAUUGAAAUUAACAUUAAAAAUGUUGAAGAACUUUUUUGUGGGUCUAGCUUACUCAACAUAGAGUCAUUGCAAUCAGCCUGCGUUAGAUUUUUAUGUCAUCAGUUAGAUUCUUCAAACUGUAUUGGUAUUAGAGACUUUGCAAAUAUUUAUUCAUGUACACAAUUAGAGCGGUAUGCAAAUCGUUAUAUCCACCAGCAUUUUCUUGAUGUUUCAAACACAGAGGAAUUUUUAAACCUAAAUGUUGAUGAUCUGUGUAAUCUUUUAAAAAAUGACAGUUUGCAAGUUCGUAAUGAAGAAGAUGUUUAUAAUUCAGUAGAAAAAUGGUUGUUACAUGAUUAUACAAAAAGACAAAAACUUUUUCCUGAAGUAUUAAAAUACAUUCGAAUCCCUCUUUUGUCUCUUGAAUUUUUAGAAUCUAAAGUUUUUCCUGCAUCUUUUAUUAAAGCAAAUUCUACAUGUCAGCUUAUUUUAGCUAAAAUUAUUAAUGAAAGACCCGAACACUUACCAGACUAUCUUUGCAUUCAAAGAGCUUUACCGCAAUCAAUAUAUGCCAUUGGUGGUAGAAAUAGUAUGCACUGUCAUUUAAGUAGUGUUGAAAGAUAUGAUAUUUACACUGACAGCUGGUUUAUUGAAAAAAAUCUCAGUAUUGCAAGAACAGCUAUUGCAUCAGUUUGUUUAAAUGGAUGUUUGUAUGCUGUGGGAGGUGAAUGUGCAAUAAAUAACCCUCAAGAUGAAACUUUAUAUUUGCCUAAUGUAGAACGGUUUGACCCAAAAACAAAAUAUUGGUAUAGAGUUGCAGACUUGAGUAUUUCAAGAUCCUUUGUUUCUGCUGUAGUUUGUAAUGGAAAGUUAUACGCUAUAGGUGGUGAAGAUCGCAUUUCAAGUUUCAAUCUUGUUGAACAGUAUUCUCAAAAACAUAAUUGUUGGAAAAUUAAAAGACCCAUGCAGAAGCGAAGAGCAGGAGCAGGGGCCACAUCACAUGAUGGUAUGAUAUAUGUUGCUGGUGGGUAUGAUCGAACAAUGCACUGUGAUAGAGCUUCAGUUGAAUGUUACUGCCCAAUAAAAAAUGAAUGGAAAUUUGUUGCAGAACUUGAGAAAGCUCGCUCUGGUUUAAACCUAGUCUCAAUGGAUUCCUUUAUUUAUGCUAUUGGUGGGCGCAACCGAAGUAGUGACACUUACUUUGACAUUUGUGAACGUUUUGAUCUUUCUACAAUGCAAUGGACUUUAAUAUCUAAUAUGCUUUCACCCCGUGCAUGGUCUGGUGUUGCUAUACUAAAGAAAAAAAUAUUUGUUAUUGGUGGUUUUGAUGGCAUUAACAGAUUAAGUUCAAUCGAGGUUUAUGACUUUGAAAAAGAUUGCUGGGUUCAUAAAAGAAAUAUGAACUUUGCUCGUGCAGGUUGUGGUGCUGCAGUUCUUUAGAAGUUGUGUGUGUACAUUUGUUCAUAGGGUAUAAAUAUUUAUCAAAAUUAUUGUAAAUAUUUUAAUUUUAAUACAGAUAUAUCUAUUUAAAA